AUGCAUCUCCUGGUAGAGGAGCCCCCUCCUUAUCAGGCUGGACCCACUCGGCGACCCGGCGGAGCGACAGUGGCUCCCGCCGCCGCAGGGGUGGCUCCCGCAGCCGCAGGGGUGGCUCCCGCCACCGCGGUGGAGGCGGCGGCCGCAUUAGCAGCCGCCAUCCGGCCAGAAGGGCUGAACCAACAACUACAAUACUGGCCCUUCUCUGCUUCAGACCUUUAUAACUGGAAACAACAUAACCCCCCUUUUUCCAGGGACCCCGUUGCUUUAACUAACCUAAUUGAAUCCAUCCUAGUGACUCACAGGCCAACUUGGGACGAUUGUCAGCAGCUCCUGCAGACCCUCUUGACAGUGGAGGAGAAGCAGAGAGUUUUCCUGGAGGCCCGGAAACAGGUUCCGGGCGAUGACGGGAGGCCAUCCCAACUCCCGAAUGUCAUCGAUGCGGCUUUUCCCUUGACUCGCCCUAACUGGAACUUCAAUACGCCUGAAGGUAGGGAGCAUCUACGCCUCUAUCGCCAGUUGCUCUUAGCGGGUCUCCGAGCGGCCGCUAGAAGGCCUACUAAUUUGGCUCAGGUUAGAAAUGUAAUACAGGGAAAGGAAGAGACACCCGCUGCAUUUCUAGAAAGAUUGAAGGAAGCUUAUAGGAUGUAUACUCCGUAUGAUCCGGAAGACCCAGGUCAGGCUCCAGGUAUUAUCCUAUCAUUUAUCUAUCAGUCUAGCUCAGAUAUCAGAACUAAAUUGCAGCGGUUGGAGGGUCUACAGGCGUUAGGGUUGCCAGACCUAGUGAAGGAAGCAGAGAAAGUAUUUAAUAAGAGAGAAACUCCUGAAGAGCGAGAGGAAAAGAGAUGGCAGAAACAAGAGGAAAGGGAUAGGAAACAGCAUAGAGAGAUAAAGAGAGUUUUGGCCGCCGUUGUAUCCCAGGGACAGCGGAGAGAGGGAGAUAGGCCGGGAGGACGAAGGAGGCCACCCCUAGAUAAAGAUCAAUGUGCUUACUGCAAGGAGAAGGGACACUGGGCCCGGGAAUGUCCCAAGAAGCCACAAGGACCCCUCCGGCCCAAGCCCAAGACUGUGGACCUCCUUAGUCUGGAGGACUAGGGGGGUCGAGGCCAGGAGCCCCCCCCUGAGCCUAGGAUAACCCUCAAGAUCGGGGGGCAGCCCGUGACCUUCCUGGUUGAUACUGGUGCCGAACAUUCAGUCUUAACCCAUGCCGGAGUGCCCCUUAGCCGGCAUUCUGCACUGGUACAAGGGGCAACUGGAAACAGGAGAUAUCACUGGACUACCGAGAGAAAAGUUCAACUGGCUUCAGGGCAAGUAACCCAUUCCUUUCUGCACAUACCUGAAUGCCCCCAUCCGCUGUUAGGACGGGAUCUAUUAACCAAGCUAAAAGCACAAAUCUAUUUUGAUGAAGAGGGACCAAGGGUCACGGGUCCUAGAGGGGGCCCUCUACAAAUCCUGGCCCUCAAUCUAGAAGAAGAAUACCGUUUGUUUGAGUCAGAACCCUCGAAAAAGGCCCCUGAGGAAUUACAGAACUGGUUAGAAGAAUUUCCUCAAGCCUGGGCAGAGACUGGGGGUCUGGGGUUGGCACACGAUCAGCCACCGCUGAUGAUCUCAUUAAAGGCCUCCGCGACUCCCGUCUCAAUUAGACAAUACCCAAUGUCACGGGAAGCCCAUGAGGGAAUUAAACCCCAUAUCCGGAGGCUCCUGGACCAAGGGGUACUAAAGCCCUGUCAGUCCCCAUGGAAUACCCCUCUCUUGCCCGUAAAGAAACCGGGGACAGGGGACUACAGGCCAGUCCAGGAUUUGAGAGAAGUCAAUAAGCGGGUGGAGGACAUACACCCCACGGUGCCCAACCCUUACAACCUCCUGAGUACCCUCCCACCGACGCACGUCUGGUACACGGUAUUAGACCUGAAAGAUGCCUUCUUCUGCUUGAGACUGCACCCUAAAAGCCAACUACUGUUUGCCUUUGAAUGGAGAGACCCGGAACAGGGACUCUCGGGACAGCUGACCUGGACACGGCUCCCUCAAGGCUUCAAAAAUAGCCCAACCCUCUUUGAUGAGGCCCUGCAUGCAGAUCUGGCCGGGUUCCGGGUCGAGCAUCCAACCCUGACCGUGCUCCAGUACGUAGACGACUUACUUCUGGCCGCCAGGAGUCGGGCCGAGUGCCUAGAGGGCACUCGGGCUUUACUGGCCAGGCUUGGACAGAAGGGCUACAGGGCCUCGGCCAGAAAGGCACAAAUUUGCCGAGACAAGGUCACGUACCUGGGCUAUACCCUGACUGGGGGACAGAGAUGGCUGACGGAGGCCAGGAAAGAGACAAUACUCUCCAUUCCCCCUCCUCGCAGCCCCCGCCAGGUUCGGGAAUUCCUGGGUACGGCUGGGUACUGUCGCUUAUGGAUCCCCAGGUUCGCUGAAUUGGCCGCCCCCCUAUAUCCCCUCACAAAACCAGGGGUAAUGUUCCAAUGGGGAGAGAAGCAGCAGGAAGCAUUCCAACAGAUCAAGAAGGCCUUACUUGAGGCCCCGGCUCUGGGUUUGCCAGAUCUUACCAAACCCUUUGAACUGUUUAUAGAUGAGAACUCGGGCUUUGCUAAAGGGGUGCUGGUGCAAAGACUGGGACCCUGGAGAAGACCUGUGGCAUACUUGUCCAAGAAAUUGGACCCUGUGGCCAUAGGAUGGCCUCCCUGCCUCCGCAUGGUGGCAGCCAUUGCAGUUCUACUCAAGGAUGCCGGGAAACUGACCCUGGGUCAGCCCCUGACUGUACUGGCCUCCCAUGCCGUGGAGGCCUUGGUCCGACAACCACCAGACAGAUGGCUCUCCAACGCCCGAAUGACUUACUACCAGGCCUUACUCUUGGACUCAGACCGGGUCACGUUCGGACCCGUUGUCUCCCUUAACCCUGCCACCUUGCUGCCGCUGCCUAGCCCAUCCAUAGAGCAUGAUUGCCUCCAGAUUUUAGCCGAGGCGCAUGGCACUCGCCCUGACCUAACAGAUCAGCCGCUCAAGAACCCAGAUGUUGUCUGGUACACAGAUGGGAGCAGCUACCUGGACGGAGGAGAACGCAGGGCCGGGGCAGCUGUUACCACCGAGUCCGAAGUGGUAUGGGCCUCGGCCCUCCCGCCUGGGACUUCGGCUCAGCGGGCGGAACUGAUCGCCCUCACCCAGGCCCUUCGGAUGGCAGAAGGUAAGAAACUCAUCGUGUAUACAGAUAGCAGAUACGCCUUCGCCACUGCACAUGUCCAUGGUGAAAUCUACCGACGGAGGGGCCUGCUCACAUCCGCAGGUAAAGAGAUCAAGAACAAAAAGGAAAUCCUGGACCUCCUGCGGGCCCUGUUUCUCCCGCUCCAGCUCAGCAUUGUCCACUGCCCGGGGCACCAAAAAGACAACUCCAAGAUAGCCAAGGGGAACCGGCUGGCGGAUUUGACUGCCCGGACAGUGGCAUCCCAGCCAAUAGGGAAUAGCCAGUUAAUGGCUAUACAGGACACUCCAGAGCCUCCUCCACCCGGGAGAGAGCCCAUGCCCUACAGCCCCGAUCACACCCACCAUAUGUUACAAUUCCUCCAUGCCCUAACUCAUCUAAGUGAGACAAAAAUAAAGACCCUGAUAGACAGAGAAAACACCGGGACAAUUCUGCUAAACCAGAAUCGGGUGCUCCGACGGGUGGCCUCUACCUGCCCCGCAUGUGCCCAGGUCAAUGCAGGUAAAGCACAUCUAGCCAAAGGAGCCCGUUUGAGGGGCCACCGUCCCGGUGUGCAUUGGGAGAUAGACUUUACAGAAGUAAAACCCGGACUCUAUGGGUACCGGUACCUCCUGGUCUUUGUGGACACCUUUUCAGGAUGGAUUGAGGCAUUUCCAACCAAGAAUGAGACGGCUAAUAUAGUCACAAAGAAACUGUUGGAGGAAAUCUUCCCAAGGUAUGGGAUGCCUCAGAUAUUGGGGUCAGACAAUGGGCCUGCCUUCGUCUCCCAGGUAAGUCAGAAGGUGGCCAAACUGUUGGGGAUGGACUGGAGACUCCAUUGCGCAUACCGCCCCCAGAGUUCAGGACAGGUAGAGCGAGCUAAUAGGACAAUCAAGGAGACUUUAACCAAAUUAACGCUUGCAACUGGCACUAGAGAUUGGGUGCUCCUACUCCCCUUGGCUCUUUACCGAGCCCGGAAUACUCCUGGGCCGCACGGCCUAACCCCUUUUGAAAUUCUCUAUGGGGCCCCACCUCCAGUCGUGAAAUUUCUCCAUCCUGAUAUCUCAUCUUUUGCUACCAGCCCCACUUUAGGGGCACAUCUACAGGCCCUCCAGCUGGUGCAGAAGGAGAUCUGGAAACCCUUGGCUAAAGCCUACCAAGAGCAGCUGGACAAGCCGGUGGUCCCCCACCCUUUCCAGGUUGGGGACUCCGUUUGGGUUCGGCGCCACCAGACUUCGAGUCUAGAGCCACGGUGGAAGGGGCCUUAUACUGUCUUGCUGACCACCCCCACUGCACUCAAGGUUGACGGGAUUGCUGCAUGGAUCCACGCCUCUCAUGUGAAGGCUGCCGGGGAGGCCGACUCAGCAGGAUCCAGAGAAUCAACAUGGACAGUGUGCCGCACACAGAACCCCCUAAAAAUAAGGUUGGCCCGCGGCUCCCGCGGCUCUUCUUCCUCCCCCUCUUCUUGCUCUCUGUCUACCCCCAGGGGAUUAGGGCGGCAGAGAGCCCGCACCUAGUCAAGAAACUCACUUGGCAGGUCAUCUCACAAACUGGGGAGACGGCCUGGCAGACGACCGCCCUCCAUACCCCCUUUACAUGGU